CUCUCUUUCUCUUCAUCUCGUUUUCCUCUCCUUGGGAGUGUGAUGCUCUUCGAAUAAGAUUCUGAAAUAAAAAGCCUGCAGUAGCCCAACUGCCAUGUCCUCCUCAGUGACAACUUUAUGUGAAUAGGAGGACCAGAGGGAAGGAGUCAAACCAUAACCCAAAACCUCCACCAGGACAUCUUUCCAGUGAGAGAAAGAGAUACAGGCCAAAGAGACAAAGAGGAAAGGAGUGUAGGAAGCAGUGGGGGAGAGAGUGAGAACAGUCGAUGGAUGCUGUCCGGAUUGAGGGGACAGCGCAUUCUUCAUUAGCAAGGAGAAGAAAGAUUUCCAAAUGGAGUCGAAGGAUAGAAACUCGCCGGGAGGCAUGGUAUGUGAGAAGGGGAUCCAGAUUCUUCUCACCACGGUGGGGGCAUUUGCGGCCUUCUGCCUGAUGACAGUGUCUAUCGGGACAGACUAUUGGCUGUACUCCCGUGCCUCCAUCUGCAACAGCACAGUGAACAACUCCACAGAUGACCCCCACAACAAGGACAAGAAAGACCCUGGAGCCCUCACCCACUCUGGCCUCUGGAGGAUCUGCUGUCUGGAAGGGGUAAAGAGGGGAGUGUGUUCUCAGAUCAACCACUUCCCAGAGGAUGCGGAUUUUGACCACGAUGGACCUGAGUAUGUUCUACGUAUGGUCAGGGCUUCCAAUAUCUUCCCCAUCCUGAGUGCCAUCCUGCUGUUGAUGGGAGGAGUGUGUAUUGCUCUCAGUCGCUUCUAUAAACACAAGAGGAACAUCGUCUUGGGAGCAGGCAUUCUUUUUGUGGCUGCAGGUCUGAGCAACAUCAUCGGAGUGAUUGUGUACAUCUCUGCAGCACUGGGUGACAUCUCCCCUAAGAAGGAUGAGGACAAGAAGUGGCAGUACAGUUACGGAUGGUCAUUUUACUUCGGAGGCCUGUCCUUCAUCAUGGCUGAGAUGGUUGGAGUUCUGGCUGUCAACAUCUACAUUGAGAAGAACAAGGAGCUCCGCUGCCGCUCGCGCACCGACAUCUUCAAGGGCACCACGCACGCCAUGCUUCGCCUACCCAGUUACCGUUUCCGCCGCCGCUCCCGCUCCUCAUCCCGCUCCACCGACCCUUCGCGUUCCCGAGACCCCUCGCCGGUGGGGGGAGGCGGGGGGAAGAACUUCGGCCUGCCCCCUUCGGCUUUGCUCUCCCAGGGGCCCGUGUCUGUGUCCACGCUGCCCAACCCUCACUCCCGCUCCCACACCGCCCUGGCUGGGGGCGACAUAUCCCUCUACACGCUGUCCCGUGACCCCAAGCUGGCCGGCCUGCCCCCUAUGUACGGCACCGUGGACCGCGCCACCCUCUACCAGCUCCACAACUGCUUCCCCAAGGACGGAGGAGGUGGAGGAGGGGUAGUGGGCGGAGGUGGGGUGAUGCUGAGUGGCACGCUGCCCUCGCUGAAGUCACACAACCCCACGCUGUCCCAGAAUUCCUCCAACUCCAAUGCGCCCAUGGGCAACUCGGUGGGCUCGGGGCCCCCGCCCUUCUCGUCGUCCACGGUGGAGAGAGAACGGGGGAUGGGGACGCUGGACAGGCUGAAGGGAGAUAGAGAGAGCAACUCAAAUACGCUCAAUAGGAAGACAACACCCGUGUAGAAUGAACAGGUCUGGUGGAGAGGGAGGGGAGAGACGGAGAGAUUCUGAGACCGGGUGUUGGAUAAAGGAGGAUGAACGGGUGUUGAGAUCAAUUAAUGAAGAGAGAGAUAUCAAGGGAUGCUAGAUCUCUCCCAUCUUCUUCACUGUUAUAAAUAGUCUACAGUAUCUCACUGAGAGGUAAUAACAGGUGAUAAUAAUAACAACAAUGAAAGUAUUUUACUAUUUUAACACGCUAGAAAUGAUUUAUUUUGUUAAUGAUCCAACGCGAUUAACCAUGGGCUACUAUUGAAAACAAUCCACUUGUGCAAUCCUACUGCUGAUUUAACAACGUAAUAUUUAACAUUGGUUGUUGUGAUUAUUAUUAGCGUUAUUACAAGCUAGCUCUGUUUGCAAUGUUCUAGUUUUGGAAUGAUAUGAUUCGUAUGAUUUUCUCUUUGGAUCCUGACGACGUUUACUGUGAAUUUCCUAAACUCAGACAUGCUGGUAUGAUCAGUGGUCUGUGUAACCGUGUCAUUGGUGUCAAGCAUGAGUGUAUACAAAGUAUGAGAGAAUGAGAGUGUGUAUUGAUUUAUAUUAUUUGAUUAUUAUAAAAAAUAUAUAUAAUAUGAUUAUUAUAAUUAUUAUUCUUAUGACUUGUUCUUUGGUAGAAAUCUGUUAAAUAAUUUUUCUGUCUGUUUUGUUUUUCUACCCCAUGGUUCUAACACACAGGUAAGUUGUGUUAAUGCUGUAGUAAAUUGUCUUCCAAUAUUGUAACUGAAUGAUACAAUAAGUGACUGACUGAGCAACUUCAGUGUUAUUCUGAGUCUGCUUUCUAUGGGCCUAUGUUAGUCUGACUUCCAUUCUAAUCAAUGUUAGCAGUAGUUGUAGCUGUAGUCAUGUUGAACAUGUUUGUUUUCUGGGCAUUAACAUAAACCUCUGUCUGGAGAGAGUAGAAAUGAAGAGAAACUGCUAUAUUUGUACAGAGAAACCAGUUGAGGGUUGUCGCGUAGAGAAAAAAAAAAGUACUUACUCUUAUUUUUUUUAGAGAAAGACCCAAAGUGAUUAUUUAGAACAGUCACGCUCUCCAUAGAUCAUUCAAAUGACAUUGACAGAAAAUAUGUGUGUGGGGACGAAGGUGGGAUGCAGGGGCUGGGGCCACAACACACUACAACGUGUUGAAAUUUAACAUGUACAUUGUAAUUCAGGCAUACCUAUAUGCAGACCAAUAUUUGCAAACAUUAUAGAUACUUUCUUUGGGACCACUGGUAUGAAAACAGGGUGUGUAUUUUGGGAAGGGUAGGUUGAUGUGUUUUUUAUCCUCUGGUACAGGCUAACCUCCAGUUCUCUUGGGGUACCCUACCCCUCCCUAACCUGUCCCACCCACGCUGCACCUCCUUACCCUGUACUGACCCUCCCCAACCUGUUCCUCCCCAACCUGUUCCUCCUCGUUCUGUCCCUCCCCAACCUGUUCCUCCUCGAUCUAUCCCUCCUCGAUCUGUCCCUCCCCAACCUGUCUUUCCCCAACCUGUUCCUCCUCGAACUGUCCCUCCCCAACCUGUCCCUCCCCAACCUGUCCCUCCCCAACCUGUUCCUCCUCGAUCUGUUCCUCCCCAACCUGUCCUUCCCCAACCUGUCCUUCCCCAACCUGUCCCACUCCACCUUGUCUUGUCUCUCUCCACUCUGUCUCACUCCAUGCUGUCCUGUCUCUCUCCUCUCUGUCCUGUCUCUCUCCACCCUGUCUUGUUUCUCCUCAUACUCGCUUGGCCUACCCUACCAUGUCCUUAUUUGGACAUGUCUUCGAUGUUUACCCUCCUCUAGUCACAUGACCCUUGUCAGAAUCACAAUGGAGACUAAAAUCCCAAACCAUCCCUCAUUGAAAAAACUCUGUGCUUCUCAUGUGACCCUUGGACUUUGACCUUUCGACUCAUUCUGUUUAUGUUGAUGAGAAUGUAUACAUGUGUAAACACUCUCCUACCCCUCAUUAUUGUCUUAAGUGACCACAUAACUGGGCUGGACACUAUUGGACACCCCAUUCCCGAUUGAAGAAAGAUAAUGAAUGACCCAACACUUCCAGAUUUUUUUCAACUUUAGUUUCCUCUUCUUUUUUUCUUCUUUUUUUGAAAAAAAAAAGAAUAAUGUGACAAAACUGCACACAGAUAGCAUUUAUGUGGGCAAUAUGAAUAGUAUGUAGUUGAGAAUAGAUAUAUCUAGAGAAAAUGAUUAUGGUUUAUCUAAAUGUGUGAUAAACUCAAACACUGUAUUGCACGAAGUUUAUAAAAAAAAAAGUACAUAACAGA